UGAUCGCGUUUUGUUCUCCAGGGUUCUUCGGGGUCCUCUGUGGGUUCCUGAACAGAGAACAUGAAGAAGAGAAACAUUCAGAACUGCUGAUCAGACAAACAUGGAGGCCUCCCUGGGUCCUGGAUUUAACUGGUGUGACAAAAGCGCUUAUAACACAGAGAUUGCACUAUAGGGCCACUGCAAAGAUGUCAGGUAACUGGUCCCCCUCUCCCAACACCUCCCAGUUCCCCCCUCUCACAGACUGGGAGGCCCCCACCUUCACCCGUGCUGCUCAGUUCCGCGUCGGAGCCACGUUCAUCCUCUUCCUGUUUGCUGCCUGCAGUAACCUCGCCCUAUUUGCCAGCGUGUGGUGUGGGCGUGGUCGGCGUCUGGCGUCUCACCUGCGGCCGCUAAUGUUGAGCCUGGCGUCAGCUGACCUGAUGAUGACAUUUGUGGUGAUGCCUCUGGAUGCCGUGUGGAACGUUACAGUGCAGUGGUAUGGAGGAGACGUGCUCUGUAAGCUGCUCUGCUUCCUGAAGCUGUUCGCCAUGCACGCCUCUGCCUUCAUCCUUGUUGUCAUCAGCCUCGAUCGCCAGCACGCCAUUCUGCACCCGCUGGACGCCCUGAACGCGCACCGCAGGAACCGACGCAUGCUGCUGCUGGCCUGGAGCCUCAGCCUGGUGCUUGCAUCACCACAGCUGUUUAUCUUCCGGACGAUCAGGGUGGAGGCCGUGGACUUCACUCAGUGUGCCACUCACGGCAGCUUCAGCCACCGCUGGCAGGAAACUGUUUACAACAUGUUUCACUUCAUCACGCUGUACGUCGUCCCCCUGCUGGUGAUGAGCUGCUGCUACAGCCGCAUCCUGCUGCACAUCCACCUGCAGCACCUGAGAGACAAAGCAGGUGAGUCGUACCUGCGUCGCAGUGGCACUGACAUCAUCCCAAAGGCUCGCAUGAAGACUCUGAAGAUGACUGUGGUCAUCGUGCUGUCCUUUGUGGUGUGCUGGACUCCGUACUACCUGCUGGGGAUUUGGUACUGGUUCCAGCCCGACAUGUUGCGCGUCACACCUGAGUACGUACACCACGCCCUCUUUCUAUUCGGGAACCUGAACACCUGCUGCGACCCCGUCAUCUACGGCUUCUACACGCCAUCCUUCAGGGCUGACCUCGCCGCCUGCUGCCGCAGGACGAAGAGUGACGCUUCGCUGCGAUCUCCGGACCGACUGUCUGCCAGGCAGGAUCCUCACAGCGCGGAGCAUGAGGCGGACCCCGCCACCAACAACCAGCCUGCAGGAGACUAACAGUAGCCAAUCAGAGGACAGAAUUUAAAUGAUGUCACAUUUUGUACCUGAACACUGUCAAAGUGUGGAAACAAGUACUGGAUCAGCUGAAGGCGGAUCAGGACUCUGAGUCUUUCAGCGGGACAAAAACCUCUUUAUUAUGAUUCUGUUUCAGAGAGACUUCAACCAAUUGAUCAGUUUUACAGGAUCGAUUAUUGAUUUUAUUCCCAUUUAGAGUCAUUUGAUCAAAAUAAAAGCAGAUCUGUGAGACUGCUUCUUUUCCUGUAAAUCUGACCUCCACUGGUUUAAAAGAAUACCUCACCUGCAAAAUGAUCACAUAUAAAACAUUUACUCACCGUGUUACCUUGAAGUCAUGAAGAAACUCGAGAUGUCACUGUUUAGUCUCACAUAAAGCUGCUCUGCACUCAAACACCAUUUUAUAUUGUUAUUGGUAGUAGUAGUCAUAGUAAAUGUAAAAAACAGUUGAAUGUUCAUUGUCAAGUUAAAAAUACAUAAACAAGGUUUUCUCUUCACUUCUACACAACGGGAUAAGAACCCACGUGACCGAUUCAGUUACUGUGUUGUCUAUUUCUCACCUGAAAUAUAUUUUAGUGCAGUGUUUGGCUGAACUAUGACACUUUGUUAACAGUAGCAGCCAUACUGUUUCAUGUUUUGUAAAAACAGGCUGAAAAACUGAGAUUAAACUGUAAAACUUCACAUUACUGGUCAAAUAUUGACCAACAUUCUGUUCUGUUGUCUAUUUCUCACAUAAAAUGUUUUUAGAAGCAUAUUGUAUCUCACCGUUUAACUGUAAUUCAAGCUUGUCUGUUACCA